GCACAGGGGUGUGACUCCUGGAAUAUCAAGGCACUGAACGUGCAAAAGGGCGAGAAGAAGAAAUCAGCUGAGGAACUUCAGCCACCUGAAUAUCUGAGUUUAGUUUCUACUCCACCAGCACCAGUCAUGAAGAAGAGCCUGAGUAGCAAAACCUCUGAAAAGGAGAAAUAUGAAGCUCAAGAGAGGGUGUCAGAAGCCAGAGCUCCUACUACAGAAGCGGCUCCUGAGACUCCUGGGGCUGCGUUUCAGACGCCGGGGAAUCUUUACUCUGCCAUUCUGAGCCGCAACGAAGCUGUGAAAGAUGCCACGAGACUGAAAGACUUCCUGGAGCUCCGGGACAAAUACAUGCGCAAGAAGGUGUUGUUUAAAGAUCCACUGUUUCCUGCAGACGACUCGUCUCUUUACUACAGUCAGAAGUUCCCUCUCAAUCUGGUGUGGAAGCGUCCCUCGGAAAUUUGUGACAAUCCACAGUUCAUUGUUGGAGGAGCAAACAGGAUGGAUAUUUGCCAGGGAGACCUGGGAGAUUGCUGGUUCCUGGCUGCCAUUGCCUGUCUGACUCUGAAUGAAACCCUUCGGUACCGAGUCGUUCCACCAGACCAGAGCUUCACUAAGAACUAUGCUGGCAUUUUCCAUUUCCAGUUCUGGCGCUACGGUGAGUGGGUGGACGUCCUUGUGGAUGAUCGACUUCCCACAUACAAAAACCGUUUGGUGUUUACUCGGUCUGGGAAUAAGAAUGAGUUCUGGAGCGCGCUUCUGGAGAAAGCUUAUGCCAAGCUGCAUGGCUCCUAUGAGGCUCUGAAAGGUGGAAAUACUUUGGAGGCCAUGGAAGAUUUCACUGGAGGAGUAACAGAAUACUAUGAGAUUACAGACGCACCCAAAGAAAUAUACAGCAUCAUGAGAAAGGCCUUGGAAAGAGGUUCACUUAUGGGUUGUUCUAUAGAUGCUUUGGUACCAACUGCUAGUGAGACCAAAACAUCUACAGGUCUAAUGAGAGGCCAUGCUUACUCAGUUACUGGUGUUGAGCAGGGUAAACAGCAGGACGGCAUGGACACCCGUAUCCGCUUGGUCCGUGUCCGUGACCCGUGGGGAGUCGCUCCUCCACCAUCUUGCAAGUGUAACGACUGGACAAAGCUUGCAACUACUGAAGAAGAAAAACAGAAACUUCAGCCUGUUGGGGCUGGAGAGUUUUGGAUGUAUUUUGAAGAGUUCCAGAAAACCUUCACCAAGCUUGAGAUCUGUAAUCUGACCCCUGACACGCUGCAGGAUGACAAUCUGCUCAAAUGGACUGUAUCAGUGAAUGAGGGCCGCUGGGUGAGAGGCUGCUCCGCGGGCGGCUGCAGGAAUUACCCAGACACCUUUUGGACAAACCCUCAGUACCGGCUGCGUCUCACCGAGGUGGACGACGACGAGCCGGAGGACGGGGAAAAGGGCUGCACCGUGGUGGUGGCGCUCAUGCAGAAGGGCAGGAGGAGAGAAAGUCACGCAGGAGCCACGCUCCACGCCAUCGGCUUCGCCAUCUACAAGGUUCCGAAGGAGAUGCACGGCAACAAGCAGCACCUUCCCAAAGACUUCUUCCUGUACAACGCUUCCAUCGCUCGCUGCAAAUCCUACAUCAACCUGCGGGAGGUGACGGAGCGUUUCCACCUGCGCCCCGGGGAGUACGCCAUCGUCCCGUCCACCUUCGAACCUCACAACGAGUCCGACUUCCUCCUCAGGGUUUUCUCCGAGAAGAAGAGCACAUCGGAGUUGCUGGGUGCAGUGAUCGAGGCUGAGCCGUAUUUGUUGGAAAGUGAGAAGAAGAAAAUCAAGCUCACUGAGGACGAAGAGACUGAGGAGGAGAAACAGUUCCGAGCCAUUUUUCAGCAGAUUUCUGGAGAUGAUCUGCAGAUCAAUGCCAAAGAGCUGACCAGCGUCCUGAACAAUGCAGUGAGCCAAUACAAAGUGCUGAAAGCCAAAGGAUUCAGUCUGGAUAGCUGCAGAAGCAUGAUAGCACUCAUGGAUACUGACGGAACAGGAAGAUUAAACCUGCAAGAGUUCAAGCACUUGUGGAACAAGAUCAAGCAGUGGAAGGAAAUCUUUACUCGCUACGACACGGACAAAAACGGCACCAUCAGCAGCUUUGAGAUGAGAAAUGCUGUUGCCGAUGCAGGUUUUCAGCUCAACCCUCAACUCCACGAAAUCAUCGCUAUGCGUUAUGCCAGUGAGCACCUGUACUUGGAUUUCGACAGCUAUAUCUGCUGUUUAGUGCGACUCGAAGGGAUGUUCAGAGCUUUCAAAGCUUUCGACAAGGACGGAGAUGGUCUCAUCAAGCUCAAUGUCCUCGAGUGGCUUCAGCUGACCAUGUACGCCUAGGGAUGGUCACACAGUAAUCUUUCCAUCUCCUAGACCAGUCCAAAGACUGCAGAGCAAGUGCUGAUGACUCUACUAGACUUUUAUCACAGAUUACCAGACAAACAAGACUUUUUUGUUAUUUUUAAGAAGACCGUGAUCCAUUUGUUUACUCCAGGGACAGUGCUGCUUCAUUAUAUAGCACACUUUGUGAAGUUAAUUAUUCCCUUUUUAUUGUCUCUAAUCUGUUUCUAUGAUGGCUCAUGGGGGAAAACAACACAAUUCCAAUGAUCUCAUUUAUGAAACUGAUUCGAAUAAAGGAUUUGAUCUGGAGUUUUAUUUCAGUUUGAGU